AUUUUUAUACCCGGCGCACCGUAACAAGUUAACAACAUAUUUACCUACCAAACUGUUAGAAUUACUUAAUAUACGAUAUGAUAUAGCAACUACCGGCCUUACAUUAAAAUAUAUAUAUAAAAUACUCAGAAAUAAUAUUUAUAAAUUAAUAACAAUCAUAAAUACCUUCUAAAAAAAGAAAUAAGUGUUGUUUGCUAGAGGUACACAAGGCAGGGAGGCUUGAACAUAGCGUGAGACUCCCAGUGAAUAAAGCAGUAUUAAGAGUAGCUAUAAAAUAAGUAUAGUAAUAGGAUCAGAGAAUGGCCAUGCACGCACUCCCUCAAGACACUGUGCGGCUCAUCAAGAGUACACAAGUCAUAACCACACCAGCGUCUAUUGUUAAGGAACUUGUAGAAAAUUCACUUGAUGCUGAAGCCAAGGCAAUCUCUAUUAAAAUGGAAGACCAUGGAUUUUCUCGGCUUGAAGUUCGCGACAAUGGAAGCGGUAUUGACACAGGAGAUGUCGAGUUUAUUGCCAAGCCACAUUACACCUCUAAGAUUACCUCCUUCUCUGACCUGGCAUCUCUGACUUCAUAUGGCUUUCGGGGUGAGGCUGUGUCAUCGCUGUGUGCUGUAGCUGACGUCACAAUCACAACAAAAACCAAGACAAAUGCAGUGGGACAUAUUUACUCCUUUGACCACCAGGGGAAUAUCAAGGACAAGAAACCAGCAGCUACACCCAAUGGAACAAUAAUUGUGAUCAGCAACCUGUUCAAGAACGUCCCAGUUCGGCGACAGUUUUACAGGAAUCCCAAACGCUGCCGGGAGGAACUGAAGAAAGUGGAAGACAUUGUAUUAGCGAUAUCAUUAGCGGUACCUGCUGUUCAUCUUACACUCACACAUGGCAAAGCCAACAUUAUCCAGAAGAAUCCAGCUCAAGACAUUCGUACUGCUCUCAUGAACACAUUCCCAAGAGUGUUUAAAGAUUUGGUGUCAAAAGUCAAAGCACUUGAAGAUAUGCAGAUAGAGGUGCAUCUACCAGACCCGAGCCAUAUCUCCAAUCAGAGCUUCAGUCGAGCUACUUCUGAUCGUCUCUUUAUUUUGGUCAACCGGCGGCCAGUUACCCACAAGGCUAUUGAAAAGUUGGUCAAGGCUCACUACAGCCUGAAAAAUGAGGGAAAUCAUGGUCGUUAUCCUGUGGGUGUUGUGGCCUUAACAGUUCCUCUAGAUGCUGUAGAUGUAAACUUGGAACCCAAUAAGAAUAAAGUCCUUCUACAGGAAGAGGGUGCUAUUCUUGAAACCUUGAGGAUGAUGUUGACUGAACUUUAUGGUCCUGUUGAGAGCACCACCAGGAAAUCUAAUGGAGAGAAAGGAGGUGUGGUGAACACAGACAUCACCUGUACCUUAUCUUGCAUCUCACAGCCUCAAGAAAAGAUAAAUUCAUGUCCAUCUGAAAAGAGUCAGCAGCCUCAGAGUAAAUUUGAUUCUCUCAAUGUAGGAGUGGAGGAUAUUUUGUAUGAUAUUGAAGAAACAGAAAAUAUAUUUGGCCCUUGUGUAAGUAACAAUGUCAUGACUAAUAAACAGUUUCUCAGUCAUGCAAGAAAUAGUAAGGGUAAAACAAAUUUUAGUUGCAUAAGUCAUAACUCGGGGACGCCUGAUGUGCGCAAGACAGGAAACCUUGUUCCUCGGCCGUCCCAGUUAAAUACAGUAAUUGGAGUGAGAGAAAAUGAUAAUCAUCAUUCUAUAGAUAAAGUAAAUGUUGGUAAAACCUUGCAGAAAAUGGCCACUUGUGAUAGCAAUAAAGAAAAUAACAUUAAUGUACAAAAGAAUUUAGUUACAAGUACCCCAGGUAGAGAGACAGAGGCACUCUUUCCUUCUGCAGCGGAAAGUUCUAUUCCCCAGAAUGGAGACAGAUGUCCAUUUGAAGACACUGAUGAUAUCUUUAGAGUAUUUAUUUCAGAGGAUGAUGAUAAUUCUAAAAGUUCAGAGACGCUUAAAGAACAUGUACCAGUAAAUGUGCCAUCUUCAAGUUUAAGUUCAGGUAGUAAUAGUAAGAAAUUGUGGGGAAAAUCGAAACCUGAAACUGCAGUACAAGUUGAAGGUGAUUAUACCGGAGUUGAUCAUAGAAACAGUUAUACAUCCUCCCAGUCAACACAGGACAGCAGUCACCACCAUGAAUCUCUCAUGGGGUCAGAUGGUAUACCUGUGUUCAAGAUUGCCCCACUCCUUCAGCCUGACGAGGUACUAGUUAAUAAUACAGGUAAUCAGGAUUCUCAAGACUUUAUAAUAACACAAGAAAAUGCCCAGGAAACAAAUUUUAGUCUGCAUAAUGAGAGUACUAGUACUGGGGUACAAGCUCUAGAUGCACAACAGAGAUUAACUCCACCAAAGAAUAAUGUAGAGGAAGAAGUUAGAGUAUUACCCCAAGAAGAUGAAGAAGAGAGGCAGAAAGCAUCCACAAACACUGGAGGCAGCUGGAGUAGAGGUCACAUAUCAUAUGGAAAAAAUAUUCAGACUGUUCAGCUUGUUAAUGCUGGAAGUGUUGAAGUAAAAGAAGGUAAAAGAAAACUCUCCCUUGGAAGUGGUGUUGGAAAGAGGUUAAAGCCGCCAAUUUCUUCAGAUAUCCCGGGUUCUCAAGCUACGCCACCUAAAAAGCCUAAAAUAAACUCCCUAGGACCACCUAGUUAUGACUAUAUCCAUGGCACACCUGUCAAGAAACCGUGCAGUCCGUUUAUCCUUUUCGCUAGAGAUAUACGUUCUCAAGUAUUAUCUGAAUACCCCGGAAAAGACUUUGCCUUCAUUGGUCAAGAGUUGGCUGCCAGGUGGAAAGUUGUGGAUGCUGACACCAAAAUUUAUUAUAAUGAAAUGGCAAAGGCAGAGACUGAGAAAUACCAGGAGCAAAUCCAGAGGAUUCGGGAAAGUAAAGGACUAAACACCUCUUUGAAUUCACCUUCAAAUGUAAGAAGUAUGACAAAGGGAUCAUUAGACAGGUACCUUGCUCCCUUGACUCCCCAGAUGACCAAGACUAAUGGUAAGAGUGUCCUGAAGAGGCAGCUGGAGUCAAGAAGGCCGUGGAAGGACCGCAGUAAGGAAAUUAUUGUUACACUGGAGGAGGUGAAGAAGAUUAUUGUUGGGCAGAAAGACAACGAUUCACAUUCAGACAGCACCAUGAGAUUACUUGGUCGACUGGCUGAUUCUGGUGGUUGGCUGUGUGUACAAGAUGGGAGUAUCAUGGCCCUCAACACAUACAGACUGCACGAGACUGUUCUUCUAGACGGCCUUCAAAAUACUUUUCGUCUUCCUGUGAAAGACCUUAAAGACUCAUUACCAUUUAAUGCUUGCACACUCGGAGAAAAGAACUGGAAUGUACUUCUAAAACUCCGGCGAGAACAGGUACCCAACCACAAUUUUUACACAGUCGUUGAUAACAGACUUACGUUCAGUGGCUUCAACAUAGCUCUCUAUCCAGGUUCCAGUAACAACAACCAGAUAUCUCACGGGGAGAUUAUUGGGAUGACUGAUGCAAUUGGUUUUUAUGGUAUCAAUGAUCUCAAAGAACUAUUGGCCGUAUUGGCCACACAUCCUUCUUCCACCAUCAAACAAACACGUCCGUUGAAAUUCCAAUAUUGGAUAAAGGGAGAAGCAGUCAGAAUGAUUCGUUCAAGUCCAAGCAUAAUAAGAAGUGAAGAUGUACUUGAAAAGCUGGAAAAGUGGUACAGCAUCCAACAACAUCUGGUAGGCAAUGAUGGUAUUACAGAGGAACAGCAGAAAUGCAUCCAUGGCAAACCUAUCUUGACACCAGUGUACUCGUUAAAUGACCUUCCCCAGUCUCAGUCUCAGGUGCUUGAUGAAUCUCAGACUUGAUUCAGAUUUGCCCUCUGAGGGGGCUAGUUUAUUGGGCCCACCAUUGCAUCCUGUUUAUUGGACACCCCCUUGCAUCCUGGUCAAGGCAAAAUGCAAAAGUAUUUACAGCGGUCAACAGGGAAGCAUGCGGAGUUCAUGCUUGCCUUCUUGACUCAUACCGUUUAGGACACGAGUGCCUGAAGGUUACAUAUAGUGACAGGAUGAGUGUGUGAAGCCAUUUCAUAUCUAUAAGACUGUGGUUGAUAGACUUGUAAGUCUAAUAUUAAUUGAAAUCACUUCUAGUUGAAACUUAAUGAUGUUUGCCCACAUGUUGGUAGCUCUGUAUUCAUGAGGGUACCAUAGGUUGAUUUGUAGCAACACCACCUGUCGUACUCUUAAUAGAUAUGUUUGUAAUGCCAUAAAUAGCUUCACCUUCGUUAAUCAGUACCAUCACGUAAUAUCUUAUCACUCAUGGUAUCGAUAAGCAUAUCAUAUGGCAUCCUAAAUAUGUGUAAGGUAUGAAUACCAGAAUAUAGGAAAUGAAAAUGUGAUAUGAUAGUCUCUUUUAUUUUGUCAGUAUUUGGUGUAAGCACCACCUGUUGCUAUGACAGCAUUAAACUGCAAGGCAUGGAUGACACCAGCUCCAAUGUUGGGUCUCAUCCUUCACGGCCUUGUAGAUGCUCCCAUGCC